AUGUGGCGUACUAGCAUGCUCUGCAUCGCCCGUCGUGGGAUGCUGUUUGUCAGCAAGAAGAACUUGCGGCUGCGCUGCGGUACGUGCCGGCGCCUGCUGCCUGCGUCUCACUUUAACAAGUCCACCGCCCCCGCUCACUCGCUCGUGUGCGUCGACUGCAAGCGUCUCUGCGUCCUCUGCGGUGUGCACCUCACUCUGGAUCACUUCACCGACGCCAGCCCGGAGUUGUGCGACCGCUGCUUGGCAAAGCGGCACGUGGCGCGCGAGAAUGUGUACUUCCGCUACCCGGUGCUGAAGUACCGCGCCUGCCCAUUCAGCGUCGACCAGAUGCGCGAGGAGAUUCGCCAUGAGAAUCCCAAUAACAAGUGA